AUGCCGCAGUUAGACUUCAGUCAUGGUGCUGCACCUUUCACAGACAAUGACAUCCAUGCUCAGAUUGCCAUCACCAAGGAGCUCUUCUUGUUGGUGAUCCAAGAUCGCUGUGUACAGCGCUUGAUGGAUGAACUGGAUUUGCCUCCCGACCGGGCCAAUCUCUUUGAGGCCAUUGACGCGGACGGCAGUGGAACUCUACACGUCACAGAGCUCGUGCAGGCGCCGUGGCCAUUUCGAACCAAAGGUUCUGUGAUGCUUGACCUCUCAAGAGGUUCAAGAGGCCCUUUGCCAGGUCUUUUUGUUUCUGUUUACUGCUUGCAAUGA